UUCCUCGCGGCAUCGGUGACGACAGGCGUACGGAGACGGCACAUGGGCGCGAUGCACUUCGAGCCAGUGAGAGAACUGAACGGGAAGGUGGUCCUGUGGAGGGCCGACCCUUCGCGCUGCAUCGUCACAGACCACUACCGCCGCAACUGGACAUGCGUCUCAGACUUCGAGGUGCGCUCCGACGACGUGUGGGUCGUCUCCUUUCCCAAGUGUGGCACGACAUGGACACAAGAAAUGGUGUGGCUCCUUGGGCACGACUGCGAUUUCGAGACGGCGAAGAAGAUCAACCUUGAUGACAGAUUUCCUCAAAUUCAGAACAUGACCAUCGGCGGCGACGUCGCAGAUGGUGAGCUGCAAUCAGUCCAGAAGGCAGCAAACCUGACUCCGCCGCGCUAUAUCAAGAGCCACCUGCCCAAGGAGCUGCUUCCCACCCAGGUCUGGACCAAGAAACCCAAGGUGAUUUACGUCUCCAGAGAUCCAAAAGACGCGGUACUCUCUUAUUACCACUACUAUAAACUGGUUUAUGGCUUCAGAUUCAGCUUCGAGCACUUUUUGGACUGGUUCAUGACGGAUCAAAUACCUUUCACUCCGUUCUGGGACCAUGUACUCGAUUUCUGGAAGAUGAGAAAUGAGCCGAAUGUACUGUUCAACACAUAUGAAGAAAUGAAGAAGGAUCUUCCGAGGGUGAUCAGGAGAACUGCGAAGUUCUUGGGAAAGAAUGUGACUGACGAACAGAUGGAACAACUCUGUGAGCAUCUUAGCUUCUCCAGCAUGAAGAACAACCCCGCUGUCAACCAGCAAGAGUACAUUGCCAACAUCCGGCAGCGGAACGGGCUCGGCGAAUUACCGAAAAAAGAGCCAGCUGAGGUGGAGAAAACUGGCGCAGACCCCACUAAGUUUAUGCGGCGCGGCGAGGCUGGUGGCUGGCGCACGGAGAUGCCGGAUAGCUGGAUAGAAAAGUACGACCAGUGGACGCAGAAGCAUAUCCAGGGCACGGGCUACCAGGUGGGCGUGUCUGGAGGACACGAAGACUUCUGAGGGGCCGUCUUCUGCGUCCUCACAACCUCUGCAUAGGCGGCAUCGACGCUGAAUCCGAGAAGAUAGAAGCAUUCUGCAAUGUGAACACGAGGACUUCCAACAAAGCAAACAUACACAAUGUUCUAAAUUGUGUUUGAAACAUGUUGGUGCAUUUACUUUCCAAACAAUAAAUUAUUUUUCCACAAUA